AUUUAAGCCGCUUUGGGCGGACAAAAUUUGGUUAGACAGAAGACGACAUUCCAUCGAGAUGAACGCGAAUUGUUUGGUGAUAGCACUGAUCCUUGGACUUGCUCUUUACGAGCCGGUGGCAUCCCAGAGCGCCGCGGAUCUGGCCGCCUUUAAGCAGAAUCAGGAGUCCUGCAUCAAGGAGCUGAAAAUAGGAGCUGCCGAGGCUGCGCUGCUUACCACGGACAAAGAGGUGGCCAAUCCCUCGGAGGCCGUCAAGUGCUACCACAGCUGCCUCUACAAAAAGUUGGGCAUGCUCACCGCUGACUCCAAGCCCAUCAACGACAUGAUCAUGAAGUUCGCGCAGCUCCGCUUCAGCAGCCUGGCUAGCGAUAAGGUCAAGGCUCUGCUGACCAGCUGUGGCGCCUCCAAGGCGGCCACCACCUGCGAUUUCGUAUACAACUUUGAGAGGUGUGUGGUGAAGGGAGCCAAGGCCUAAAUAGUGUGCUGUCUCAUGAGUAAAUAUCACAUAAUAAAGUAUGUUUCGGUGCGCCGCUUUAAAUGUA